GGGCCCGUCUCCGCUGCUCGCUAUAACAUGCCCGCUGCCUCGUUGUCCUCGCAUGUCUUCCAGCGUCGCUUGAUGCCCGUCCGCCCGUGACGUUGACCCGACCGACUGCCGGCAAUGGAAUCCCAGCUUCCGCCGCCGCCUGCUUCGGCCAUACUCGCGCCCCCCAGCCAACACCACCAACCACAGCCGCAACAUUACCACCGCCUGUCCAGCCCUGCCGCCAACUGCGACUACGACUACACCUACCAAUACAAUGAAAAGGAUCACCACCACCACUCCUCGGCCCACUCAGACCGCCUGAGCAGGUCGAGCAAUCGCCGCCCUCACGACUCCGUCAUCUCCCACCCCUUCUCGCCAAAGCCCUCGUCGCCGCCAAGCCCCAGCAGCAACAGCAGCAUCUCCUCCGUCGGCCACCAUCGCAACUCAUCAAACGCGCAUCGCUACUCAUCUUCGCAGCUUGAGCGCCAGUCACUCUCCUAUCCACCCCAGGCCCACAUCGACCCGGAGAAGCAUGCCGAGGCUCUGGCUCAUGGCUACCGCGCUCCAAACCGCCUGUCUGCAGUCCCGUCCGGCGGCGAUGCCAUUGUUUACGACAAGGGCGCCUACCAAGAAAAAGGCCCCGAAGAGAAGGCGUGGCAGUUACUGCUCUGGCUCUGCGGACCCUGCGCCUUCCUCUCCGCUGUGAUUGCUAUCUGGACCUUUUGCGCUCUCUUCAUCACCCUCUUGCUAUCGCCGCUACGCCUCUGCACUACGCGCGCGCCCCUUUCCGAGCAAAUCAAAUCCUUCCUCGCUCCAUCGCUAAACCUCCAAUUGCACAUGGUCUACUCACACGACUCGACAUCCGGCUACAGCGCCCCCAUGCUGGUCGUCAUCCACCUCUUUUCGCCCAUCGUCGCAUUCGGCGUCGCAAUCGCGGCCUGGACUGCCGCGGGUUUCUGGUUCUUCUCCUGCAUUCUUGGUGACCCUGGCGGUCACGACGGCCACAAUGACGGCCGCGAGAGCAUUGUCGGUGUGCGAAACUGGUGGGAGCGAUGGCUUUCUCGCGGACUAAGAGAAACCGAUGCUUGAAACAAAGAGGAGUAUGAAAUGUAUUAUUGAUCAAGUUCGUUUCUUUCAUGUAUUUUCUGUUUUUUUGUUUCCACGUUCUCCGAGCUACGGCAGGAUGGAGCGUUCCAGCGGCAUAUACCAUGGCGUACAACAGUCUGGGUUUGGGUUUUAUUUUCCAAAUGGGAAAGGGUCUCUCUGGAUGGACGGACGGACGGACAUGAAUGGGGUGUGAAGAAUAUUGCUGAUCUCGGGAUAUGGACAGCAACCGGCGUUUUAUUUUUAAUGUUCUCUUUGAGCCUCUUUUCCCCUUGCCUCUACUCUGGAGUCGCAGAGAGUACUAAGGUGGGAAAAAGAUUGCCGAUAUGAUAUACCCCCAUAACCAGUUUUUUGUACUUGAACAAUAUCACGAACAUAUUCAAACAACACUGUUUCGCUUCUUUUCUCCGCUCUAAUCACAGUGUUUCUGAUCUUGCCCACCCUCACACCG